UUUUUAAUUUUAGAUGGCAGAGGACAAAGGUUUGGUUUGUGUAACAGGUGGUACUGGAUUCAUCGCUUCAUGGCUAAUCAUGAAGCUUCUUCAACAGGGUUACACUGUUAGAACUACCAUCAGAUCUCACCGAGAUAAUUUAGGAUUCCUCACAAGCCUUGAAGGAGCAAAAGAGAGACUCCACUUCUUCCAUGCAGAUCUCAACGAACCAGACAGUUUCAGAGCAGCCAUUGAAGGUUGCAGGGGGGUGUUCCACGUGGCUCACCCCGUUGGAAACACCAACGAGAAACCCGAGGAGGAACUGACAAAGAUGACAGUGGGAGGAACACUUGGGAUACUGAAACUAUGUGUAGAUUCGAAGACGGUGAAGCGGGUGGUAUACACAUCCAGUGCAGCCACCGUGGUAUACAAAGGAGAUGGUAGACAAGUGGUGGAUGAGAAUACAUGGAGUGAUAUCGAUUUAUUUAGGUCUAUGAAAACAGGUGCUGAAGCUUAUAUGGCUAGCAAGACCAAGACCGAAAAGGCUGCCUUGGAAUUUGCACAAAAAAAUGGAUUGGAUCUGUUCACUGUAAUCCCAACGUUAGUCGUCGGUCCAUUUCUUUGUCCUAAUCUACCUGUCUCGGUUCGGAUGGCCCUAGCCAUGGUCCUUGGUAGCGAGAAUCAUUAUCGGUAUCUUCAGGGGACGUCAAUAGUGCACGUAGAUGACGUGGCAAGUGCGCAUAUAUUUCUUUUCGAAAAUCCCAAUGCAAAAGCAGGGAGAUACAUUUGUUCUUACCAGGAAUUACCACUCUCUGAAUUGUCUGCAUUUCUUUCUUCGAAUUACCCGGAUAUUAAAGUACCCACAGCAGAUUCAUUGAAGGAUAUUAAGGGUUUUAAUAAAUCUACCUGCUCGUCAAAGAAGCUUUUGGACUCUGGAUUCAAGUUCAAGUAUGGCCUUGAGAGUAUGUUCGACGGAGCAAUUCAAUCAUGCAAAGAAAAGGGUCAUAUUCCUUCUUGA